AAUUGACAAGCGGGGGAACAGAAAGGCAGGACAUUAAUACUUGACGCCUCCCGUUUCCUGCCCUCUCCUCCUCCUCCUCCUCCUCCAUUGCUCUACAAGUACACGUCGUGCAGCCCCCACGAACGAGAGAGCUCGGAAGAACUGGACAGAAGCACCGGCUUCGGACUCCCAUCUCCUCGGCGUCUCCUCGGCGUCUUCUGGCUUGUUUGGUUCUUGGGAGCGGAAAGAUUCAGGCUUUCAGGCGCAGCGCAUUCCCAUUGCGAGUGGAAGCCUACAAUGCAAUAGUUCAUCACAAUGCCAAGGUUGCUUCAGUAGAGCUUAUCGCGAUUUUUGGUCAUCUUGUUUGAUAAACAGACAAUUGUUGCAGCAAUGGCUUCGAAGGCAAUGCCUCAAACCCUCUCAGAAAUCCCAAGUAUCCCAGAACUGAAGCACUGUUCUAAGACAAACGCCUGUUCUUCAGCACCAACUGUGUUACCAGAAACAACUAACCUGCGCAAAUCGUGUCAUAAACUGGAGUCAAAUGAGCAGAAACCAGAUUACCUCCAGAAGGAAUCUGUUGAUAUCGCGGCAAUCAAGCUUCCGGCAGAAUUGAGUGAGAAAAUGGUUGUGGAGCACGGGAGUAUGAAUGGAAGUUCCACUUCAUUUCAGACUUGUGAAGGGAGUAGUCAAGCAAAGGUUAGUGCAGGUCCUAGGUUGACCGAUCGAUCUGAGACUGGUGACAGAGCCAAUAGUGGCAGAUGCAGGCCUAGCACAAGCAGUGAUAUCAGCGAUGAGAGCUCAUGUAGCAGCAUGAGUAGCAGUACAAAGCCUCACAAGGCUAAUGAUUCGCGAUGGGAGGCGAUUCAGAUGGUCAGGACUAGAGAUGGGAUUCUUGGGUUGAGUCAUUUCAGGCUGUUGAAGAGGCUAGGCUGCGGUGAUAUUGGCAGUGUGUAUCUCUCUGAAUUGAGCCGGACAAAGAGCUAUUUUGCAAUGAAGGUUAUGGAUAAGGCGUCACUAGCAAGCCGUAAAAAGUUGCUUCGAGCUCAAACAGAGAAGGAGAUUCUGCAAUGCCUGGAUCACCCCUUCCUUCCUACACUUUACACUCACUUUGAGACCGAUAAGUUCUCCUGCCUGGUUAUGGAGUUCUGCCCAGGGGGAGACCUGCACACUCUUCGACAGAGGCAACCUGGCAAACAUUUUCCGGAGCAAGCUGUCAAAUUCUACGUAGCAGAAGUCCUCCUCGCAUUAGAAUACUUGCACAUGCUCGGGAUCGUAUACCGUGAUCUCAAACCUGAAAACGUCCUAGUUCGGGAGGACGGCCACAUCAUGCUCUCUGACUUCGACCUCUCCCUUCGUUGUGCAGUCAGUCCCACACUGAUCAGGUCCUCAAACCCUGACGCAGAAGCACUCAGGAAGAACAGCCAAGGCUACUGCGUCCAGCCAGCUUGUGUGGAGCCGUCCUGCAUGAUUCAGCCAUCAUGUGCAGCCCCAACCACCUGCUUCGGCCCGCGCUUCUUCUCCUCCAAGUCCAAAAAAGUUCGUAAACCGAACCCUGAAAUUGCCACCCAGAUCAACCCCUGGCCUGAGCUGAUAGCAGAGCCCAGUGAUGCGCGAUCGAUGUCAUUUGUCGGAACACACGAGUACUUGGCCCCUGAGAUCAUCAAAGGUGAGGGCCACGGUAGUGCUGUCGACUGGUGGACCUUUGGGAUAUUCUUGUAUGAGCUUCUGUUUGGGAAGACACCUUUCAAGGGAUCAGGCAACCGGGCUACACUGUUCAAUGUCAUUGGCCAGCCGUUGCGCUUCCCGGAGUACCCGGUUGUGAGCUUCGCGGCAAGAGAUUUGAUGAGGGGUCUGCUUGUGAAGGAGCCCCAGCAACGGUUAGCCUACAAGCGUGGUGCCACGGAGAUCAAGCAGCAUCCGUUCUUCGAGGGCGUGAAUUGGGCGCUGAUUCGGUGUGCAAGCCCACCGGAGGUACCAAAGCCUGUCGAGAUCGAGAGGCCAUCGAAGCCGCCUCCAUCGACAGCAGGAGCUGCGGAUGCUUCCACUGGUGCACCCCAGAAAGGUUCUGAUGGCUACUUAGAGUUUGAUUUCUUCUAGCAAACAUAUGGGUUUUGCUGUAUUGUUUGAACCAUUGGAUGUAGGGUUUUCAGAUGUUAUGUUUUCAUCAGAUGGUUGGUGUUGUAGAUUUGUCUCUUCAACCUGUUUAUGUACCUACUUUUCUGAAAGUUCACAUUUGUAAUCCAACAAGUUCUGAUUA